CACGGGUUAUUGUGCAGCUUCGCGUAUACAGGCGGUUGCAUGAUCAAUACCUGUGAGAAAACAAGUUUGUCUUUUUCACCCACAUCAAAGUGAAGUUGGGAAAUAACAUGGCGUUCCGCAGUGGAGUUCUGAUGGUGGUUCUCGGGCUGUGUCUGCUGUAUUUGAAUGGCAGCGUAGGUGUAUCGAGUGCAGGGUUAAAAGACCCGGUACACGAUAGCCGUGCCACGUUGAUAGUCCAUCUGCUGAGUCUGUACCACCCGAUGAUCAUCCCUAUGACACCUGUCAAUGUUUCCUACGGCCUGGAACUCCUCUCCAUCGAUGGUGUGGACGAAAAGGAAAAUAUCCUUCGCUUUUCCGCCUGGUCGAGGAUUCAGUGGCGUGAUCACCGUUUCCAGUGGGAUCCAAUAGAGUAUAAUGGAGUGAAUGCUAUAAAUUUACCAGGACAUAAAGUCUGGCGACCAGACCUCAGACUGUACGCUCAAGUUCUGGAGGAAGAAGACGUAAACCUGCGUGCGUAUUCCGAUGGGACUAUCUAUCACUUGGUUCCGAUGCGUCUAGCUGUACCGUGCUCUAUGCAGUUCGCCAACUACCCGUUUGAUGUCCAAACCUGCGACCUUAGACUGGAAUCCUGGACCUACGACGGGACCAUGAUCAAUCUGAGUCUCUUCGGGGGGUCAUCGGGGGCCAGCGUAGGUGACUUCCAUCGUCCAAACAGCCAGUGGAAGGUCCAGUCCUUCACUGCGAGUAGGCAACUCCUGUCGUAUGUGUGCUGCGUCGAGAAGUACAUCAAUCUGUCGUUCCGCAUCCAGGUCCAGCGCCAGGUCGGCGAGUACACGGUGCGCGUGCUGGCGCCCUCUGUCGUCACAUCUCUCCUGAUUCUGCUGUGUUUCCUCAUCCCUCCACACUGCGGUGAGAGGAUCCUUCUUUGCUCCGUCUUGCUCCUCUGCGUCCUCCUUCAACUGUUCCACCUCAACCUGACCGUGCCCAUCAGCGGUCCUGACGCCCCCUUCCUCGCCAACUUCCUCUGUUUCAGCGUGUUCUUGGCCUUUUUUGCAGCCGUGGAGAGUGUGCUGUCCUUGAAUCUCUCCCGUUGUGGGAGUGGGAGUGGCAACAACAAUGGCCGCCUCGUCGACGGGGAGCCGGAGGAGUUCGUGAUGCAGGCCAAGCCAAAUACGAGCCUGAAGCGAGUCGCUCGAUUCAUCGACGUGGGCUGCUUCAUCGUCUUCACCUUCAUCUUUGCUGUCGCUGGGGGCGUCAUACUCAAUCCUAAAACGGAAUAGAGAGAUCACGCAUGAUCCUUCAUACUGCACAUAAUAACGGGCAAUUUUCAAAUUUAGGCAUUGGUGCUGGCGAUCUUUGGUAAUGAGGAAUAGCAAAGAUAAUGGUUCCCCCGUGCCUUGAGUGUUAACCUAAUUGGUACCAACCUCGUCCCCAGUGCUCACUUUAUUUCCAACCUCGUUGCCAGUAGUAAGCCCUGGAUAGGAAACUUCCUGUAUCCUGAUUCGGUACCGCAAUUUGCUAGUAAUGGAUUAAUAUCGUGUUGUUGGUGUUGUUGUUUCCAACGUGCAUUACGUGUUUUCACAAUAUUAUUGUAAUUAUAAUGUCCACGCCUUCUCAAAAAUACUCCUUUC